AUCAGGGUUAAAUCACGCAAAACGCCCGAAAAAGUGUUGGAAAACGCAGCAAAAACAACAGUUAUUUAAUCUUUUAACAUCUAGCCAAUCAAACCGCAAUGCUAAGAUUACCACUCCUUAACUCCCGGUUGAGUCUAUAACGUAAAUAACAUAACUCUGAUUUUUUAAAGAAGUGUGGGAAAACGACACUUCAUUUUGAAUUUGAAUUUUUGAACAGUGACCAAAAAUAUACGAAAAUCACUUGUUAACCACCACUUGAUAAAUCUGGUAUCCGUAUAUCCAUUACAUGCAUAAACAAAUAUUACUCGAUAUCUAGCAGUUACUUUUUGACUUUGGAGUAGAUAAACUUAAGGGUUUUCACGUUAACAUAAAGUAAUUUAGUGUCAGUAAUUAAUGGAUCUGGGGUUCUUUUAGCACUCCUAAAUAAAUAAAAAUAAGUCUUCGAAUAAUGAGAAAUUACUUUUUUUUUUACUUUUGACUCAAUCUCUCGAAUUUGGUUUGGUCCAAUGCCCAACCGAGUGUUAUACAUUGUAAUUGCAGUGAACAUUAAAAAAUAUUUGAUUGGCUACCCUCUAUAACAUUUUCACUGUAUUUUCACUGUUCUCAGUCAUUCGAAAGCUUCGUGGAAUGCUGAUCAAAACGUUCACUCGAGCAAUUGAAGUAAAGCUACCUUUCUAUGAUCAGGUCCACACGCAUGAUCAGUAUACUUUCAGCAUCAAUACUGUUCAGAACAGGUUUUUUCAUAACUCACAGCUCAAAUUAUCCUUUAAUAACAAAUAUCUAAAGAAAUCAGAAAUCUUAUUAACAAUGACGUCUGAUACAUUUAAAAAAAAUCGCGCCUGGCUGUUGGUCGCUCUCUUAACGUUAUUGAUGCCGACCAUUCUCUUCAUUUCGGUGUUGAUAUAUUUCUACGAUAAUUAUGUGCGAAAUAGAGUGUGCAAGAAUAUUGCCGGCGACGUGGCUGUGGUCACCGGUGCAGCAGGUGGUCUGGGUCACCGGUGCAGCAGGUGGUCUGGGUAAAUGUAUCGCUGCAGAAUUGGCCGCUAAGGGAUGUCAUGUCGCUGUAUGUGAUAUCAAUUUCGAUUUGGCCGUGACGACAUCAAAGGAAAUUGCCAAUAAAUAUGGUGUCAAGUCAAAAGCCUAUAAAGUAGAUGUCACUAAAUACGACGAGAUUGUGGAACUCAAUGAGAAACUAACCCACGACAUUGGCGCCGCUACUAUACUCGUGAAUAAUGCAGGGUUGCUGACACAUACAGACCAGUUAAAUCCCACAGUUCCAGAAAUUGAGUUGAUGGUUAAAGUCAAUUACUUGUCACACUUCCUGACAAAUCGCGUGUUUUUACCAAAUAUGAAGCAAGCCAAGCGGGGCCAUAUUGUGGCUAUUUGCUCAAUAACUGGUUUACUCACGGUGACACGAUCAGAGCCUUACUGUAGUGCAAAGACCGCUGUACGCACCCUCAUGCGUGUAUUGCGCGCCGAGCUGAGGCUAUAUGGUAUUACAGGUAUUGGCGUGACCACAGUAUAUCCGCCAUUUCUGACAACUCAUGCCGGUAUGGUAAAGAAUGUCCGCAAUAGUGGUUAUGCCAAAUUGUAUCCGUUGUUAAAGGGUGAAAAGAUGGCGCAAAGAAUUGUGCAUGGUAUGUUGCGUGGAGAAGUGGAGAUCGGGGUGCCCGGAUUCGUUAUGAUCGUCUAUCGUUUUAUAGCAAUUUUGCCGUCAAUUGUACAGGAUGGGUUUGCUCACGCACUUGCAGCAUUAAAAAACUAUUAAGAUUUUUGUAUUGUCUUAUUUUAUAAAGAUAGUUUAUCACAACAAAUAAAUGCGCACCAUGCUACGGAAGCUCAUGGAA